AAAGAAAUAGACCCACGUACGAAAGUUAUUACUUGGAAUGCAACAAAUUUAUCUUUUCUUGAUUCUCGCACAAAUGCUUGUGAACAAGAAAUUCAAAAGAUUAUUCAUUUACAAAAUGUUGCAAACCAAUUGUCUAAUGCUUUCACAGACUCAAAGAAAGUGACCAAGUCACAUAUUCCAGCUAUGAAUGCUCCUUCUCGAAUAGAAAUUCCUGCGGAGAUUAGCAAAAGAACACUUGCUAAUGAAUCUAUGAUACGUAAAAAACGUGGUAGACCACUUGGUUCAAGAGAUUUGAAACCAAGAAAAUUUAACUGCAAGUUGUAGUUUGGGAUGCCAAAGAAGUUCAACCUUCUCAAGAAGAAAAUGAACAUUUUGAAAAUAUCGGCUUUGAAGAUAACAUCAAUAAUAAUGAAACCUCAAAAGAGGAUCCAAUCACCUUCGAAGAGGUAAAUAUUCCAAAUACAGAUAGAAACGUCGAUAAUUUCGAAAUUUCAAUUAAUUACGUUUCUAAUGGAAUACAAUGAAAUAGAAAUGAUAUUGAUGUUAAUGAUAUAUUUUUCAUAUGCCAUUGCCACAAAUAUAAUGAAUGAACACAAUGACAAUGAGCCUAUUGAUGAAUGUCGUCGUAGAAAUGAUUGGCCAAAAUGGAAUGAAGCAAUUCAGGUAGAAUUAAAAUCGCUAGAAAAGCGUAAUGUUUUUGGACCAAUUGUUCAUACGCCAAAAGGCGUAAAACCUGUCGGUUUUAAAUGGUUUUUUGUGCGUAAACGCAACGAGAAAAAUGAAAUCGUUAGAUACAAAGCCCGGCUUGUUGCCCAAGGUUUUUCUCAAAUGCCAGGAAUCGAUUAUGAUGAGACGUAUUCUCCAGUAGUUGAUGCUACAACUUU